UCCCUCCGUCCUUGGGGUGGAGAAGUCUCCUCCUCACCCUUACCCUCCUGCCUUCUCUUCCUCCCACAGAAACCAAGAGGAAAGCGGUAAAAAAAAAAUAUCUUCAGCAACUCCUGCCUCCAGACUGUGGCCUCGCUCAGCUGCUGGGUUUUUCUGCCCUGCUUAUUUCCUUGGAUCCAGCUCGAUGGUAAUCUGAACCGAGAAACAUGAGGCUGCGAGAUUUUCUGCUCACUCUGCUGCUCCCGGCCGGCCUCCUGUGGGGGGGCUCAUGUGCUCAGCGCCCAGAAAUCAUCACCCAAGUCUCCAGCACAGAAGACUGCCCUGUGGACCUGUUCUUCGUCCUGGACACCUCAGAAAGUGUUGCCCUGAGGGUGAAGCCCUUUGGGGACCUGGUUACCCAAGUGAAAGAUUUCACCAACCGGUUCAUUGAUAAACUCACCCAGAGGUACUACCGCUGCGACCGCAACCUGGUGUGGAACGCGGGAGCCCUGCACUACAGCGAUGAGGUGGUGCUCAUCAAGAGCCUCACGCCGAUGCCCAGCGGGCAGAGUGAGCUGAAGAACCGCGUGUCGUCUGUUAACUACAUCGGGAAGGGCACCUACACCGACUGCGCCAUCAAGCGCGGCAUCGAGGAGCUGCUCAUCGGUGGUUCCCAUCACAAGGAGAAUAAAUACCUGAUUGUGGUGACUGAUGGACAUCCCUUGGAAGGCUACAAGGAGCCCUGUGGAGGCCUGGAUGAUGCUGCCAAUGAAGCAAAACUCCUGGGGAUCAAAGUUUUCUCGGUUGCCAUCUCCCCCAACCACUUGGACCAGCGGCUGAACAUCAUUGCCACGGACCAUGCCUACCGCCGCAAUUUCACUGCCACCAGCCUGAAGCCCACCCGGGAGAUCGAUGUGGAGGAGACCAUCAACACCAUCAUUGACAUGAUUAAACUUAACACAGAGCAAUCGUGCUGCUCCUUCGAGUGCCAGCCUCCCCGAGGGCCCCCUGGACCUCCUGGUGACCCUGGCCAUGAGGGAGAACGAGGCAAGCCAGGUCUUCCCGGCCAGAAAGGAGAGGCUGGAGACCCAGGCAGACCAGGAGACAUGGGACCUGUUGGCUACCAAGGAAUGAAGGGUGACAAAGGAAGCCGAGGAGAAAAGGGCUCAAGAGGAGCCAAAGGAGCCAAGGGUGAGAAAGGCAGGCGUGGAAUCGAUGGCAUUGACGGCAAGAAGGGUGAAGCGGGAUACCCUGGAUUACCUGGCUGCAAAGGCUCUCCCGGAUUCGACGGAGCUCAAGGCCCACCUGGACCGAAGGGAGAUGCUGGUGCUUUUGGACCCAAGGGAGCAAAGGGGGAGCCUGGGAAUGAUGGAAAGCCUGGCCGACAGGGGAUUCCUGGCAACCCUGGAGAGAAGGGAGCUCCUGGGAACCCAGGUGAGCCUGGACCAGCUGGAGAGACUGGUGAUGAGGGCGCUCUAGGUGAGGAUGGUCCUCCUGGAGAGCGGGGCAGCAAUGGGGAGAGAGGACCCCCAGGCUCGCCGGGGGACCGUGGGCCAAGAGGACAGCCGGGAGAGCCAGGACCACCUGGUGACCAAGGGCGGGAAGGACCCCUCGGUCCACCUGGCGACCAGGGUGAGCCUGGACCUUCAGGACCCAAAGGCUACAGGGGAGAUGAUGGCCCCCCCGGCAGCGAGGGUCCAAAGGGAUUGCCUGGAGCACCUGGGCUGCCUGGGGACCCUGGGCUGAUGGGAGAAAGGGGGGAGGAUGGUCCUCCUGGGAAUGGCACAAUUGGAUUCACAGGUGCCCCAGGGCAGCCAGGAGACAGAGGCAACCCUGGCACUAACGGAACAAAAGGCUACGUCGGACCUAAAGGUGACGAAGGGGAAGCUGGCGACCCUGGCAACGAUAACCUGACCCCUGGGCCCAGUGGCAUCAAAGGAGCAAAGGGCCACAGGGGACGUGAAGGUCCCCCGGGACCACCAGGACCCGUGGGGCCUCCAGGACCAGAUGAAUGUGAAAUCUUGGACAUCAUCAUGAAGAUGUGCUCUUGCUGUGAGUGCACCUGUGGUCCCGUCGACCUCCUGUUUGUGUUGGACAGCUCAGAGAGCAUUGGCCUGCAGAACUUCCAGAUUGCCAAGGACUUUAUCAUCAAAGUCAUCGACCGCCUGAGCAAGGAUGAGCGGGUCAAGUUUGAAGCUGGGGAGUCCCGUGUGGGCGUUGUGCAGUACAGCCAUGACAACACGCAGGAGCUGGUGGCCAUGGGGGAUGCCAACAUCGACAACAUCGGAGCGCUCAAGCAGGCAGUCAAGAACCUGCAGUGGAUUGCUGGGGGCACCUACACUGGGGAGGCCCUGCAGUUCACCAAGGACAACCUGCUGCGGAGGUUCACGUCCGACAAGCGCGUGGCCAUCGUCAUCACAGACGGGCGCUCCGACACGCUGCGGGACCCCACCCCACUCAACUCCCUGUGCGACGUCACCCCGGUGGUUUCCCUUGGGAUUGGUGACAUUUUCCGGAACCCUCCAAAUCCAGAUCACCUGAAUGACAUUGCUUGUUUAAGCAGACCAACCAGGCCAGGACUGUCCAUUCAAAGGGACAACUAUGCUGAGCUCCUGGAUGACACCUUCUUGCAGAACAUCACCUCGUACAUCUGCCAAGAGAAAAAAUGUCCUGACUACACCUGCCCAAUCACCUUCACGGGGCCAGCCGACAUCACGCUGCUGGUGGACAGCUCCACCAGCGUGGGGAGUAAGAACUUCGAGACCACCAAGAAGUUUGUGAAGCGGCUGGCAGGGCGGUUUCUGGAGGCCAGCAAGCCCUCCGACGACUCCGUGCGCAUCUCAGUGGUGCAGUACAGUGGCCGGAACCAGCAGAAAGUGGAAACUCAGUUCCAGUACAACUACACAGUUAUUGCCAAGGCCAUUGACAACAUGGAGUUCAUGAAUGAUGCCACGGACGUGAAUUCUGCUCUGCAGUUCAUCACAGAGAUGUACCGGCGCUCUGCCCGCGCUGUGGCCAAGAAGAGGGUGCUGGUGUUUUCUGACGGACACUCCCAAGGGAUCACCGCCAGGGCCAUUGAGAGGGCUGUGCAGGACGCACAGAAGGCUGACAUUGAGAUCUAUGUGCUGGCAGUGGGAAGCCAAGCCAAUGAGCCCAACAUUCGAGUCCUGGUCACAGGGAAGAGCGCAGAUUACGAUGUGGUUUAUGGGGAGCGGCACCUUUUCCGUGUGCCUGAUUACACCUCUCUGCUGCGUGGUGUCUUCUACCAAACUGUGUCCAGGAAGAUAGCUGUUGACUGAGCAUCUGGGGGGGUUUCUGCCAAGGCCAUAGCUGCUUCUGUCUCACCUAAAAAGGAAAACCAACAAAGCAAAAAAAAAUUUAACCUUAUUCUUGACCAACCUGAGGAAUUUACAUCUAUGCAGAUAACCAUAGUGCCACAGCCUGGCUGAACAUAGUCCCUUCCCUUCUCUCUCUGCUUCAUUAUCUGUGUCUCUACUCUGUUAGCCUCAAAUUCCCUUGCUGCUCAUGACUGCCUUCCCUCCCCACAGCAGGAAAACACAAGCACACCUAGCAAUAAGCCAUCAGAACACAAAUACCAACCUCGUCCCACUGUGUUUUUGCCAAGAAUCAGGAUGAGGGGUUUUGUACCACUAAGAUCUAGCCUGGUCUCUUAAGGCUGAUUAUUCUCUUUUUAGCUACCUUUUUUUUUUUCUUUCCAUUUUCUUCUCUCUUUCACAUAUCAGUUGAGCACUUGCCCAGCUCAUCAUGAUCCUAACCUAAUGCUGUGCUUUGAGUGAAAUAUUCACACUUAGCAAGCUUUGAGAGGGGAUCGUUGUCACAGCUGGCAAGUUUGGUUCAUAUCUCCCAUGCCUGGGGAGGAGGGAGGGCUGGACUGCACUACCCAAGCUGUGUGCAAGCAUGUCUGGCCUCCAGAGCCAGGGCAUGGGACACUCACUUCCCAGGGCUGGGAUAGAAGUGGGUGGUGGAGCAUCCCUCAGAACUGAUGCUCCCAUUCAGGGCAGGGAGGCUACACACCAACCAAAGGAAAGAUGGGCAGCAGCCUUUCAGGAGGGGGGAAACCCUUAAAAGAAGCAACAUAACUGCACUCCUUCACUUAAUGAUCUCAUGGUCCUACAGUGAAAUCAGGAACCUCAUGAAUAACCUGAUAACUUGUUUAUUGGUCAAGCUCCAUUCUGGAAAAUCUCUCUGAGCCCAGUUAGUGGGAUUUUUUUUUUAAUUUUUAAUUUUUUUUAUUUUUUUUUAAAGAGUGAAGCUGACUUAUUCCCAGGAAGCUCUCUUGGAGUACUGUUUCUAUAGGACCACCUAGGAGUUAGGCACCUGGGCCCUAGGGAAACCCACUAACUGCACUAUGUAUUGAAUUGAGGCCUCAUCCUCAGCCCAGAGAAGUCAAGUGAAAGGCUGCCAUCAUCUCCCAGGGUCUUUGACUCACACUCUAAGAUAUAUUGACAAAGGUGCUAUCACUUAUGUGGGUGAUGUGGACCCUUGGUGUUUACACAGUUGUUUCCGGGACCACACUGAAAAUGUGGUUUGGCUGGGUGAGAUAUUGUUUCAGCGCUUCCACUGGUGCUCUUGCUAUGAAUUCAUGCACUUCAGAGAAACCAACAGUGACUGCCAGGUAUCGGGACCCCAAACUCUUUACUUUGUAUCCAAAACCCCAUUGUACCAGUUAGUUUUAUUUUAUGCCUGUGUUUUACUAAAAUUGUCCACUUUGGAAAUUUGUCAAAUAAAUUGUUUUCCAUAAUCUC